AUGGGAGCUUCACCACCUCCGUACUCCAUGGAGCGAGUAAUUUCCCCAUCUGUUCUUUCUCCAGAGGCCCUGCACCGCCCCUACGGUUGUGAUGUUGAGCCCCAGGCACUGAACGAAGCCAUCAGGUGGAGCUCCAAGGAGAACCUGCUUGGAGCUGCUGAGAGCGAUCCCAAUCUCUUUGUUGCACUUUAUGAUUUUGUAGCAAGCGGUGACAACACACUCAGCAUCACCAAAGGUGAGAAGUUGCGAGUCCUGGGUUAUAACCAGAAUGGUGAAUGGAGCGAGGUACGUUCAAAGAACGGGCAGGGCUGGGUACCAAGCAACUACAUCACCCCGGUGAACAGCCUGGAGAAGCACUCGUGGUAUCACGGGCCAGUGUCGCGCAGUGCGGCCGAGUACCUGCUGAGCAGCCUCAUCAACGGCAGCUUCCUGGUCCGUGAAAGCGAGAGCAGCCCGGGGCAGCUUUCCAUCUCGCUCAGGUACGAAGGACGUGUUUACCACUACAGGAUCAACACCACCUCGGAUGGAAAGGUAUAUGUGACAGCAGAAAGCCGGUUCAGCACCCUGGCAGAGCUGGUGCAUCAUCACUCCACAGUAGCAGAUGGCCUGGUGACAACUCUGCAUUACCCAGCACCCAAGUGCAAUAAGCCCACGGUCUAUGGCGUGUCCCCAAUCCACGACAAGUGGGAGAUGGAGCGAACUGAUAUCACCAUGAAGCAYAAACUGGGGGGAGGGCAGUAUGGGGAAGUCUAUGUUGGCGUCUGGAAAAAAUACAAUCUCACGGUUGCUGUGAAAACACUAAAGGAAGACACCAUGGAGGUGGAAGAGUUCUUGAAAGAAGCUGCUGUAAUGAAGGAAAUCAAACACCCAAACCUGGUGCAGUUAUUGGGUGUGUGUACCCUGGAGCCACCCUUUUACAUCGUGACGGAGUACAUGCCCUAUGGGAACCUGCUAGACUACCUGCGAGAGUGCAACCGGGAGGAAGUGAGUGCUGUUGUGCUGCUUUACAUGGCCACGCAGAUCUCCUCAGCUAUGGAAUAUCUAGAGAAGAAAAACUUCAUUCACAGGGACCUGGCAGCCCGAAAUUGCUUAGUUGGAGAAAAUCAUGUGGUGAAGGUGGCUGACUUUGGCUUAAGCCGACUUAUGACUGGAGAUACCUACACAGCUCAUGCUGGAGCCAAGUUCCCAAUCAAGUGGACAGCUCCAGAGAGCCUGGCCUAUAACACCUUUUCGAUCAAAUCAGACGUGUGGGCCUUUGGGGUGCUCUUAUGGGAAAUUGCCACCUAUGGGAUGUCACCGUACCCAGGCAUUGACCUUUCUCAGGUGUAUGAUCUGCUGGAGAAGGGCUAUCGGAUGGAACAACCUGAGGGGUGCCCUCCGAAGGUUUACGAACUGAUGAGGGCAUGUUGGAAGUGGAAUCCACCAGACAGACCUUCCUUUGCUGAGACCCACCAGGCCUUUGAGACCAUGUUCCACGACUCGAGCAUCUCUGAGGAGGUUGCAGAGGAGCUUGGAAGAACAGCCUCCUCCUCAUCCAUAGUUCCUUACUUGCCCCGGUUGCCCAUGCUUCCCUCCAAGACUAGAACACUGAAGAAACAAGCAGAGAACAAGGAGAAUAUUGAAGGAACACAGGACUCUGUGGAGCACUUGGCCUCCAGCUCAGCACCAGGCUUUAUGAGAAGCGCCCAGCCGCCAGGCGGGUCCCCUGCUCUGCCGCGCAAGCAGAGGGACAAGUCGCCCAGCAGCCUGCUGGAGGAUGCCAAGGAGACCACGUUCACCAGGGACAGGAAGGGCGGCUUCUUCAGCUCCUUCAUGAAGAAGAGGAAUGCGCCCACGCCGCCGAAGCGCAGCAGCUCCUUCCGGGAGAUGGAGAACCAGCCCCACAAGAAAUAUGAGCUAACGGGGCUUCCAGAGCAGGAUAGGAUGGCAAUGACCCUUCCCAGAAAUUCCCAGAGGUCAAAAAUCCAGCUGGAACGGACAGUGUCCACCUCCUCUCAGCCAGAUGAGAGCACAGGGAGGGCCAGUGACCUGCUUUCCAAACGGUUUGAAGAAGGCCCUGCUUUGACCAGAGAGAGACCAAAAGCAAAACUCUUGCCACGGGGCGCCACAGCUCUGCCUUUCCGAACGGCCUCUGCCUUGGAGGAGAAGGAGGGGCCGGGGCUGGCGGCAGCUCCUAAGAGCAAAGAGAAAAACUCUGGCCCACGGCAGGGGCCCCUUGAGGAUGGUGAGAGGCCAGGCUGGUCGUCUCCAGGAAAGGCUGUAGCAAUACUUCCAACCACUCACAACCACAAAGUGCCAGUUCUGAUCUCGCCCACGCUAAAACACAGUCCAGCAGAUGUGCAGCUCAUUGGCACAGACUCUCAGGGUAAUAAGUUUAAGCUCUUAUCUGAGCAUCAGGUCACUUCUUGCGGCGACAGGGACCGGCCCAGACGGGUAAAACCAAAGUGUGCUCCCCCUCCGCCGCCGGUGGCGCGGCUCCUGCAGCAGCCGGCCUCCGGCUCGGAUGCAGCGGACGAGCCGGGUGCCGGGGCGGCAGCGCAGCACGACCAGGACUCGGGCGAGGGGAGCAAGAAGGCAGCGGCGCUGGCGGCGGCAGCAGCCGCUGCUGGCAAGUGUGGGAGGCCGGCGCUGCCUCUGCCUCAAGUGCCUCUGUCAUCGUCUUCCACCUCCCCGGGGAAAAUGGCCAACGGCUCGGCCGGCGCCCGCGCAGCGCUGAGAAAGACCAGGCAGGCCGCUGAGAAGAUCCCAGUGGACAAGAUCAGCAAGGAGGCGCUGCUGGAGUGCGCGGAGCUGCUCUCGAGCGCCAUCGCCGAGCCGACGCCAAACAGCCAGCUGGUGGACACGGGGCACCAGCUGCUGGAUUACUGCUCAGGCUACGUGGACUGCAUCCCGCAGACACGCAACAAAUUUGCCUUCCGCGAAGCCGUGAGCAAGCUGGAACUGAGCCUGCAGGAGCUGCAGGUGUCCUCGGCAGCUGCUAGCGGCCCUGGGGCAAACCCUGUCCUUAAUAACUUAUUGUCUUGUGUCCAAGAAAUCAGCGAUGUGGUGCAAAGGUAGCUACUGUCAAUCUGGGUAAGAGAAACACACAUGGGUGUGUUGGUGUGUGUGUGUGUGUGGGGGGGGUCUUUUUCUGUACUGAUGCUUUCAAAAGGAAAGACUGAUACUUGAGUAUGUGAAGUACCUCAGAUCACUGAGUUCUCCUCACGUUUACAGGUUCAUCUCAAAAAUGGGGAGGAAGGGGGUAGAUUGGAGCUGUAAAGGACAGCAGCCAAAGCUGGGUUGGGGAAAGGGCUGAUGCACUGACGGUGCUCAGAGCUGCUGCAGGCGGAGGUGUGAGCCCAGUGGCUCCUGCUUGGCUGGUGCUGCCGUAAGGAGAACUGCAAAAUGAGCUAAUGUGUGGAAAUCGUCCCUUCUCCCUCCCGUCCGCUUCACCCGUCACACGGCCUCCUUUCCAUGGCACAUGAAGCAUCAGGGAUGCCGGGCAGGCUCAGCACUGGAUCCUCCCCUCCCCA